GCCCCCCCACCUCUGACACCCCCCAGUGCUCUCGUCCGCCGGCGGUCUCUGCAUGCCCCCACCGCCCAGCAACCCACUCCCCUCUGGUUCCUGGGUCCAGAGCCUCCCCCCCGUCCCCACUGACCACAGGACCCCUUGACCCCUCCUUUACUUUUUCAGGGUCCCCCCAAAUCUGUCUCCUCUCCCAUCUCCACUCCUUAGGGUCAAUCCCCGGAUCCCAACCCUGGGGAUCCCCAAAUCCAGACAGACCCUGGGCCCACCCUCCCUGCCACGUGACCAAGGGGUUGUGCAAUCCAGCCCCCUCCCCUGACUCCCUCCCUGAGGGGAUUUUCGAGGAGGGCUGAGCUCACAGCCGCCGGCACCCCUGCCCCCCCCAGGGGGCUGGGCCAAGAUAUAAAUAGGGGUGGUGUCUGCAGGCAGCAGCAAGCCCAGCCCAGCACCACCAUGCUCACCCUAGAGGCUGCACAGCUUGACGGGCCACACUUCAGCUGUUUGUACCCAGAUGGAGUCUUCUAUGACCUGGACAGCUGCAAGCACUCCAGCUACCCCGACUCAGACGGGGCUCCUGAUCUAUGGAGCUACGGCCUCAGUCCGGCUGUCCCAGCCGCCUCUUAUGAAACCUUUGACCCAGCUGUGGCCACCUUCAGCCACACCCAGGGUGUCCAGCUCUGUUACGGACCCUCAACCUACAGCCCUAUGGGGAACCUGGACCCGGCCCCCAGCCUGGAGGCCCCGGGGCCUGGCUUCCCAGCAUACCCCGUGGAGGACUUCACAAGCCAGACCCUGGGUCCCCUGGCGUACGCCCCAUACCCCAGCCCCGUGCUGUCAGAGGAAGAGGACCUCCUGCUGGACAGUCCCACCCUGGAGGUCUCGGACAGCGAGUCGGAUGAGGCCCUCAUGGCUGGCCCCGAGGGGAGGGGAUCUGAGGCAGCGGCCAAAGAGGCCCCCGCAGACAAAGAUGCCACCAGACCGGCUCCCAAGGAAGCCCCGCCUCCAGAGGUUCUUGCAGAGCCCCCCAAAGAAGCCCCACCUGAGGACCAGUCUCCCACCAUUGAGGAGCCCACCGGUGUUUUCCUGAAGAAGCCAGACUCUGUGUCGGUGGAGACUGGAAAGAAUGCUGUGAUCUUGGCCAAGUUGAGCGGGAAAGAGCUGCCGGGCAAACCAACCAUCAAGUGGUUCAAGGGGAAGUGGCUGGAGCUGGACUGCAAGAGUGGGACCCGAUUCUCCUCCAAGGAGUCCCACGACUCUGCCAGCAAUGUGAGGACCCUGUGGGGACUCGAGGGCUUGUGGGCCAGGGCUGGAGAUCGUAUAUACACCUUGGAGCUGCACAUCGGGAAGGUGGUACUGGGUGACCGCGGGGAUUACCGCCUCGAGGUCAAAGCCAAGGACAUCUGCGACAGCUGUGCCUUCAAAAUUGAUGUGGAGGCGCCCAAUCAGGACUCCGCUGGGCACAGUCUAGAAAGCUUCAAGUGUUCGGGUGAAAAGAUGCCGGAAGGCAAAGGUGAGCUGGAUUUCAGCAGCCUGUUGCAGAAGAGGCAGGGGGCUGAGGAGGAGAAGAAAAAGAAGAAAGAUGACGAUGAUCUCGGCAUCCCGCCUGAGAUUUGGGAGCUCCUGAAAGGGGCAAAGAAGAGCGAGUAUGAGAGGAUUGCCUUCCAGUAUGGCAUCACUGACCUCCGGGGCAUGCUGAAGCGGCUCAAGAAGACCAAGGUCGAGGUCAAGAAGAGUGCAGCCUUCACGAAGAAGCUGGAUCCAGCCUACCAAGUGGACAAAGGCAACAAGAUCAAGUUGGUGGUAGAGAUUAGCAACCCAGACCUUCCCCUCAAGUGGUUCAAGAACGGCGAGGAAAUCAAACCAAGUAGCAAGCACGUGUUUGAGAAUGUUGGUAAGAAGCGAAUUCUCACCAUCAACAAGUGUACACUGGCGGACGAUGCUGCUUAUGAGGUCGUCGUCAAAGAUGAGAAGUGUUUCACUGAGGUCUUCGUCAGAGAACCCCCAGUCUUGAUUGUCACACCCCUCGAGGACCAGCAGGUGUUUGUGGGCGACCGGGUAGAAAUGGCAGUGGAGGUGUCAGAAGAGGGUGCCCAAGUCAUGUGGAUGAAAGAUGGCGUGGAACUGACGCGGGAGGAUUCCUUCAAGGCCAUGUACCGCUUCAAGAAGGAUGGGAAGCGUCACAUCCUCAUCUACUCGGAAGUGACCCUGGAGGAUAGUGGUCACUACCAGGUCAUGACCAACGGCGGCCAGUGUGAGGCGGAGCUCAUCGUGGAAGAGAAACAGCUGGAGGUCCUGCAGGACAUCGCAGAUGUGACGGUGAAGGCCUCAGAACAGGCCAUGUUCAAGUGUGAGGUGUCCGAUGAGAAGGUCACGGGCAAGUGGUACAAGAAUGGGGUCGAGGUGCGGCCCAGCAAGCGGAUCACCAUGACCCACAUCGGGAGGUUCCACAGGUUGACGAUUGAUGAUGUCCACCCUGAGGAUGAGGGAGACUACACAUUUGUGCCCGACGGCUAUGCCCUGUCCCUCUCGGCCAAACUCAACUUCCUGGAAAUCACGGUGGAGUACGUCCCCAAGCAAGAGCCACCAAAGAUCCACCUGGACUUCUCGGAGAAGACCUCAGAAAAUUCAGUUGUGGUCGUGGCUGGAAACAAGCUGAGGCUGGACGUGUCCAUCACAGGGGAGCCCCCUCCUGUCGUCACCUGGAUGAAGGAGGAUGAGGAGUUCACAGGCACCAAGGGCAGGGUCCGCAUCGAGAAGCAGGCCGACACCAGCAGCUUCGUGAUUGAGAGCACGCAGCGAGCUGACCAGGGCCGCUACACCAUCAAGGUCACCAACCCCGUCGGCGAGGACACGGCCACCAUCAUCUUGCGGGUUGUGGAUGUCCCAGACCCCCCAGAGGCUGUGCGUGUCACAUCGGUUGGAGAAGACUGGGCCACCCUAGUCUGGGAGCCACCCAAGUAUGACGGGGGACAGCUGGUCACCGGGUACCUCCUGGAGCGGAAGAAGAAGGGCUCUCAGCGCUGGAUGAAGCUGAACUUCGAGGUCUUCCCGGGGACCACCUACGAGUGCACCAAUAUGAUCGAGGGCAUCCUCUACGAGAUGCGGGUCUUUGCUGUCAACGCCAUUGGGGUCUCCCAGCCCAGCGUCAACACCAAGCCCUUCAUGCCGAUUGCGCCCACAGGUGAACCCCAGCACCUGACAGUGGAGGAUGUGACAGACACCACCACCACCCUCAAAUGGUGGCCCCCAGAUAAGAUUGGGGCAGGUGGCAUCGAUGGGUACCUGGUUGAGUACUGCGUGGAGGGCUCUGACGAGUGGAUCCCUGCUAACACGGAACUGGUGGAGCGCUGUGGCUUCACUGUCAAGGACCUCCCCACAGGAGCCAGAAUCACCUUCCGCGUUGUUGGGGUCAACAUCGCGGGGCGCAGCCAGCCGGCCACCCUGGCCCAGCCGGUCACCAUCCGGGAGAUUGUGGAGCAACCCAAGAUCCGGCUGCCCCGCCACCUCCGCCAGACUUACAUCCGCAAAGUGGGGGAGCAAGUUAACCUCGUCAUUCCCUUCCAGGGAAAGCCGAGGCCGAAGGUGGUGUGGACGAAGGGCGGGGCGCCCAUAGACACCUCCCACGUGCACGUGCGCACCAGCGACAUAGACACGGUGUUCUUCGUGCGCCAGGCUGCCCGCUCAGACUCCGGGGAGUACGAGCUCAGCGUGCAGAUCGAGAACAUGAAGGACACGGCCACCAUCGACAUCCGGGUCGUGGAAAAGGCAGGGCCACCGGAGAACGUGAUGGUGAAGGAGGUGUGGGGCAGCAACGCGCUGGUGGAGUGGAAGCCCCCGAAGGAUGACGGCAACAGUGAGAUCACCGGGUACUUCGUCCAGAAGACCGACAAGAAAACCAUGGAGUGGUUCAACGUCUAUGAACACAACCGGCAAACCUCCUGCACCGUGUCAGACCUCAUCAUGGGCAAUGAAUACUAUUUCCGAGUUUACACCGAGAACAUCUGUGGGCUCAGUGACUCGCCUGGCGUCUCCAAGAACACGGCCUGGAUCCCCAAGACAGGUAUCACCUUCAAAUUGCCUGAGUACAAGGAGCAUGACUUCCGAACGCCUCCCAAGUUCCUGACGCCUCUACCUGACCGGGUGGUCGUGGCUGGUUACGCUACAGCUCUCAACUGCGCCGUCAGAGGCUACCCGAAGCCCAAGGUGGUCUGGAUGAAGAACAACAUGGAAAUCAGCGGAGAUCCCAGGUUCCUGAUGAACAACAACCAGGGGGUCCUGACGCUGAACAUCCGCCGCCCGUCCUCCUUCGACUCAGGGACUUACUCGUGUCUGGCCGUCAACGAGCUGGGGGAGGCCCUGGCCGAGUGCAAGCUGGAAGUCCGAAUGCCGCAGUGAAGCUCUCUCUUCCACCUGCCAAGAUAAUUGGCUGCUGAGUCCUAACCCAGACCUCCCCCAACACGUUCCCCUUUCCCGAGUUAUCAAUGAGAGGAUCAUAGUCUUGUCUUGGA